CCUGUGAGUUGAAAGUUAGGUUUCACCAGCAGAGAACCGAACAGAAGAGGAUUGAAUUCUUCCAGGUUGACAGGAGGAGCCCUUGCAGUCAAUUGGAAGCUUACCUCUCACACAGAGCAACAAGAUGGGCAAAAAGAGUCGAGUGAAGACCCAGAAAUCGGGGACCGGGGCCACAGCUGCGGUCUCUCCCAAAGAGAUGAUGAACUUAAUCUCUGAACUACUUCAGAAGUGUAGCAGCACUGCCCCUUCUCCUGGGAAAGAGUGGGAGGAAUAUGUUCAGAUCCGAGCUUUGGUGGAGAAGAUACGCAAGAAGCAGAAAGGGAUGUCAGUGGUGUUCGAGGGCAGCAGAGAGGACUUUUUCUCUGAGCUGAUGGCCUGGGCUGCAGAGUGUGGAGCUUCUUGUGAUGGUUUUAAGAUCUCCAACUUUGCUGAUGAAGGAUAUGGCCUGAAGUCUACCAGAGAUAUCAAGGCAGAGGAGCUAUUCCUGUGGAUCCCCAGAAAAAUGCUGAUGACAGUGGAAUCUGCCAAGAACUCUGUCCUUGGGCCUCUGUACAGUCAAGACCGGAUCCUCCAAGCCAUGGGAAAUGUGACUCUGGCUCUUCACUUGCUGUGUGAACGGGCCAAUCCCAGCUCACCCUGGCUGCCCUAUAUCAAGACCCUGCCUGGUGACUACGAUACACCCUUGUACUUUGAGGAGGACGAAGUGCGCCACCUGCUGGCCACACAAGCCAUACAGGAUGUGCUCAGUCAAUACAAAAACUCCGCACGGCAGUACGCUUACUUCUAUAAAGUCAUCCAUACUCAUCCGAACGCCAGCAAACUGCCCUUAAAAGAUGCCUUUACCUUUGACGACUACAGGUGGGCUGUGUCCUCUGUGAUGACCCGUCAAAACCAGAUUCCCACAGCAGAUGGCGGUCGGGUCACACUGGCCCUCAUCCCACUCUGGGACAUGUGCAACCACACCAACGGCCUGAUUACAACUGGCUACAACCUAGAAGAUGACCGAUGCGAAUGCGUAGCUCUCAAAGAUUAUAAAGAGGGUGAACAGAUCUACAUAUUCUAUGGUACAAGAUCCAAUGCCGAGUUUGUGAUCCACAACGGUUUCUUCUUUGAAGACAAUGCACAUGAUCGUGUGAAGAUCAAGUUGGGUGUUAGCAAGAGUGAGCGUUUGUACGCCAUGAAGGCAGAGGUUCUGGCACGUGCAGGCAUUCCUGCGUCCAGUAUCUUUGCCCUGCACUGCAGCGAGCCGCCCAUAUCCGCUCAGCUCCUGGCCUUCCUGCGUGUCUUCUGCAUGACUGAAGAGGAACUCAGGGACUACCUGGUGGGCGACCACGCCAUCAACAAGAUCUUCACCCUGGGCAACACUGAAUUCCCUGUCAGCUGGGAGAACGAGAUCAAGCUGUGGACGUUCCUGGAAACACGGGCUGCACUGCUGCUCAAAACCUACAAGACUACUUCAGAGGAGGACCGCUCCAUGCUAGAGAAGCCCGACCUGACUCUGCACUCCCGCACAGCUAUAAAAUUGCGCUUGGCGGAGAAAGAGAUUCUCGAGCGCGCUGUGUCCAGUGGUCGCGCCAAACGCCUGCACUUCCAGAAGCAACUGGAUGAGGGUGCCCCGCUGCCUCUGUAUGAAGAAAGUGACAUUGCCCUCCUGGAGAACGCAGACGCCAAACUUCCCAUCAUCCUGCGUAAACUGGAAGAGGAGGAUGAGCAGGUUGAAGAGGAGAUGAGCAUGGCCACAAUCAAACCCGACCCAUCCAGUCUGGACUCCUCCAAGACCCUGGUUCUUAAUGGGGAGUGUAAAGAUCUCAAUGGUACUCAAGAAGAUCCACCAGUAAAUGAUGCAGUGCCAAAAGAGUUGGGUGACAAGGUAAAGAAGACACCUGCACACCAGGACGACCCGAGUACCAAACGAACUGAAGAUGACCCGAAAGAUGGUGGCGAACAGUUGUAACAAGAGAACAGUGGCAAUUGUAGUUUCUGCUAUUUAUUUAUUUUGUUUCAGAGACUCACAAAUUGGAGCAAAGGCUUUCUAAACAAAAAAUGGCAGAGGAUUUCGGUUUAAUUGUUGUGUUUUUGUUUUUUUAUUAAAUGCAGCUUACUGUAAGUAUGGAGUUUGAGCUAGCUCAAGUCAAGAAGCCUGUUUUAUUUUGUGUUUUGAGUUUUUAAUCAGUGCCACAUUGGUUUCUUUUGUAGUAGCUUUGCUUGUGCUACCAGAAAGGGUUCCUGGUAACAAGAAGAGAAUGAAUGCAUAACAAAACUUCUUAAGGUAUGGACUCCUGUCUAGAUAAAGGCUAACUUGGACUUCACCAAAUUAAAAAAAUAUAUAUAUAUUGAAGACUUAAACAUGGUAACAUUGCCAAGGAUGUUUCUGUUUAGUCAUCUAAAAUGCUGAGGCAGGGAAUUUAGUUCUCUUUGACCAGCCAUCACUGUAGAUCAUGCCAGAAACAUGCUUGACAUGUCAGUGUCGCUAGACAAUCAUUAUUUUUUAUGUUUUGAAAUCACAGACAGUGCUGCUCGCUAAUUGUUAACUGAGUGAAAAGAUUUAAGACUUUAUGCCGCUAAAAAGACUUUUAUAUAUUUUUGUGCACUUCAGAGAAUAGUCGGUGAGUUCUCAAAGUCAACAUUUUUACUUUUGGAUUUAAAAAUUGACAUUGCAACCCAGACCGGAAGGUAAGAUGUUUUUGGUAACCAUAUGGUUACUACUUGCUGUGAAUGUAAGUUUGUGUGUUAAAGAAAAAACAUUCACUUUUGAGUAUGUCAUAUGCACUAGUUUUAAUACUGCUUUGCUUGUGACAACUUUGCAGUUAAAGGGAUAGUUCACAAAAAAAGAAAAUUCAGUCAUCACUUACGCAUAUUUCUUUUUCCAAACAUUAAAAGUGAAUGUUAACUGA